AUUUGUCAAACGAUCUGGUCGAUGAGGGGUAUAUGGACAAUGAUGAAAGCAUGAAUAUAGAGGAAAUGGAUAGAUACAUAACUGACCCAGGAUUUGAGAAUGGAAGUACCUCAAUUCGGACCUUAAGAGAAAGGGCCUUGAAAUCCAGAAUUAAUGAUAUAACAGAACCAUUGAUUAUGGAACUGGAUCAAAUGCAAAGAACAAAUUCCUUCGAAUACCUAUUGGUAUCGGAACUGAGGAGUAUGAGGAACGUUAUGACAGGAUUUGAUAAUAAACUAAAUGAAAUGGCUGCUCAA